AUGAAACAGCAACAGCUUCUACUACUUACGCAGUUUGUGCUCGCUGCCUCCGCCACAAUUGAGUUCACAGCGCCUCCAGCUGGAUCUGUCUUGAAAGGCGGAAGUGUCCUGAAUGUUGAAUGGCGACAUUUGGGAAAUGAUACGGAGUCAUUGGCCUCUACUCUGUUUGAUCUUAAACUCUGCGCCGGGGGUAACCGGGAAGAUUCCUAUGAUUGUUUUAUGUUCAUAGCCAGAGGCAGAUCUUUUGGCCAGGGAAACUCCGUCUCUGUUCCAGUCCCCGCCAACAUUGGUGGAAACGAGCCCAACGCAUACUUCCUCCAAAUGAUAAUACACAUACCUCAAGACCCCCAACCCGUCAACUCCCAGCGCUUCACACUCACCGACAUGACCGGCUCUUUCGACCAAAAACUCUUAGUCGGCAUAGAAGACAUAUCCUCCACCACACACGGGCCUCCUACCUUUAACGAACUGCGCAAAAGACAAGCAAAUUUACCCUACGAGGAACAACAGGGUACCAUCUUGUAUGCGCCCCCGCCCGUUCAGCCACCGACGAGAAUCUCCCUCAAAACCGCUGGACCCUUGCACCCCACGAGUUCCUUUAAUAUUGCAACUUCUUACCUGCCCCCAGCGACUGUCAUGACGACCGUAACUGCUCUGCCUACGUUUACGGUGAUGAGCAUUGAGAAUACGGCUGCUCCAGCGCCUGUUGAUGAAGAGAUGCAGAAGUUUUUGAACAGGUGGAAAGAUUAA